UGGAGAGUCCCCGUAAAUCACAUAUGCCAACAGGUGUGUGUGUGUGUGUAAAUUGGGUUUGUGGAGGUAUGUCAAAACAGACAGUCAGUCUCACAUUUCUUACAAAUCUUAUUUGUACUUGUGAGCUUGUGCUUAAGGACCUUCAAAAGAUCUUCAAGUUUCAAUGUAAGCUAAACGUUUUAACUGCUAUUUGUUUUGAAGAAGAAAGCCCAUCUCGGUGUUUCCCACCCCCUGAAAACCACCCCUCACUUGCAAGCAAAAUAGAGCAAGCAAGCAGAUCAGGAAACACACCUGACCACACUGUAAACAUACAUAUGGGUGCAAAACAGCAUGGAUGCAUGCACUGAAGUACAUUAGUUAAUGUCCUGUUUCUAAUGAUCAAACAUUCUGUUGUAGGAUUCAAUCAAGCAUGGAGUACAAGAAUGAAAAUGCUGGUAUAGACCUGCUUCUUGCUCACAUGAACAUUGAAGACUUCAUCCAAGAGGCAGAGAAUUUCUUCUGUGUUUGCGAGGAGGUGGAACCAGUAGUUUCAUUUGAGGAAAGUUUCUCGCAAGAAGAUAUGGAUGAGAUUGAGGAGACGCCACAGGAUUUAAUCUCACAUGUGCAAAAUCCCGGAAAGGUCCGUUAUGGGACAGCAUCCGACCUCCUGGACUUUGUAAAUAUGAUUUCAAACACACCGUCCUCCUCUCUCUUAGAGGUGGGUGAAGAAAUGGGGGUUCUGCUAAACAAGACAGAUAUGGUCAUUAAGGAGGGGCAUUAUCGCAUUGACUUGGAUGUCCUUCUGUUUCCGUGGAAACUAACCUACAAGCCUCCAGGCCCUGGACAUGUUCCCAAAGGCUCAUUUGGGAAGGUCCAUCUGGCUCAGGACAUCAAAACUCGGAAGCGAAUGGCAUGCAAACUAAUUCCUGUGGAACAUUUCAAGCCUGCAGAGGUGGAAAUCCAAGCCCGGUUCCGGCACGAAAACAUAGCAGAGCUGUAUGGGGCAUUGCUGUGGGAGCAGACAGUGCGUUUGUUCAUGGAAGCAGGUGAAGGGGGCUCGGUUCUGGAGAAGCUGGAUAGCUGUGGUCCAAUGAGAGAGUUCGAGAUCAUUUGGGUCUCUCAGCAGGUUCUGCGAGGCCUGGAGUACUUGCACUCUCACAAGAUUAUACACCACGACAUCAAACCCAGUAAUAUUGUGCUGAUGUCUGCUAAAGCCGUGCUGGUGGAUUUUGGGCUUACAGUACAGAUGAAGGAUGAUGUAUAUAUUCCUCGCGACCUACGUGGCACUGAGAUGUAUAUGAGUCCAGAGCUAGUUUUAUGUCGAGGACACAACACAAAGACUGACAUCUACAGUCUGGGAACCACAAUCAUACACAUGCUGAGUGGAAGUCCUCCAUGGGUUAGGAGAUAUCCCAGAACAGCCUAUCCCUCAUACCUUUACAUAAUCCACAAACAGGCCCCUCCUCUGGAGGACAUACCUGAAAGCUGUAGCCCCGCGAUGCGGAGGCUCCUGGAGCAUGCACUGGAUAGGGUCCCUGCGCAGAGGAGCUCUGCCACAGAAUUACUGAACGAGGAGGCCCUCCAUCCUUCUCGGGAGGACCAGCCACGCUGUUGGAGUCUGGACUCUGCGCUGGAGGAAGGCACACAUCCAAUGCUGCGACAGCUCAGUCAGUUUUCAGACAGCACCCAAGAUUCUUCCUUGUACACUGAGGAUUCUGGGCAUUCUAAGAAGAAAGGUUCCCUCCAUGUAGAUCUGGGCGCCUUGGCUGGCUACUACAAUCUGGUUAGAGGGCCACCAUCUAGUGAAUAUGGCUAGUUAAGGUGGAUUUUUGCUGAGCGCCAUUGGAUUACUUGUAUAGUUUGCAUUCAUAUAUGUGCUGUCAGAAUUGUGGAGCCAAACUCAUUUACAAGAUGAUUCAGCAUAAAUGGUCCUAAAUAAGGACAGUCUACACUGAUUGGACAGUGAUUGGACAUUAAGAGAAGACAGACCUGCGGUUUUUAUUGUUUGAUGAACAGUUUGUGAGGUGUGUAGUUUUGUUAAUGCAGUGCCUUUUGUGUUUUGAGAACAUGAAUAUAUAAUGACAACAUACUGUAUUUGAAAUGCAUACUAGGGAUGCACCAAUGUUAAAAUCUGACCAAUACAGAUAAGCAGAUAAUUAUUUUUCUAUUUUGACUGAUGAAAAUAAAUAGCUGGAUAUACAUAUACACUAUUUUCUUCAAACAACAACGUUUAAUUUAUUUAGGCAUCACAACAUUAUAAUGUACAGUAUGAAAAAUGCAUAUUAUAUCCUUAAUACA